AACUUCGUAACAAAACUUGUAACGCCAUUAAAUAGCUCGUAGUCUGAAGUAUAUGGUGCACUGUCUAAACCGUUCAUAAGUCAGUUUUUAUAUUUUCACCUAACGUCCGCCUAGAUGCACACUGUGGGGGGGGCUUCCCUUAAAUAAAACUCUCACAUUCUAGCAAGAGAGGAAGACAGAAUACACAAACACGUAGUCUGCAGACUAGAAGAAGAAUCCGUGAUCGCAGGCAUUUUUUCGCCUUUUCUUUACAUCAUUUGAUAGAGUUUGAACUGCUGAUCACGAAAAACUACUUUUUAGCACUUAGCAAGUACUGUUUUCAGGUCGAAAAAUACGAAAAACUUGAAGGGAGUCGUUUUUUUUGAAAAACACAACCUUUUCAGAAUGCGCAAAAUUCUCCGCUUCGUUCUUUCUUUCAGCCUCUGUUUUGGGCGAAAAUAGACAAAAAUGGGCUAUUUCAUCUAAUAUUGGUUUUCCGUAGGCUAUUGAGUUUUUUCGGAAAACAAACAUCGCCACAAGAUUCAGCGUGGUCGAUAACCUAUGUUUCCAUUCAUGUUCGAGAUUACCAUACAAAAAGAAAUGUCGAUUCUGCCGCUUCGAGGAAAUCCGAUGCAGCGCUGAAACCGCAAAUGAUUAAGAUGUGGCUUAGUCUCCGUUUUUCAGUUACAUAGCGGGAUAUGCUUGCAUGAUGUAAAGUGAACUUUCGGGAACAUCGCUGUCUACUGCUCCUGUCAUUGGAUAAUAUGUAAAUUUUUAAACAUAGAAGUUAUAUCGGAUCGCCGUCGGGUACUCCCGCUAGUACAUUAUAAUAUUUGACGAGAUUGACGCAUUAUGCAAAAAACGGGCAUCGAUCAAUAGUUCCACAAGAGAUGCCGUACAAGAUAAUAUCACUAGUCAACUAUUAACUAAAUCAGAUGGAUUUGCUCAAUUAAAUAAUGUAUUGGUAAUAGGUACAACUAAUCUUCCAGAAACUAUUGAUACAGUCCUUACACGACCAGGACGACUUGAAACACUUAUCAAAGUUGAACUACCAACUGAAAAUGACAGACUGAAAAUUUUUGACAUCUAUACAAAAUCGAUGUUACAAAAUCAUUUACUUGAUAAUGAUAUUGAUAUUGAUAUAGAACAAAUACUUUUUGGUACGCACGGUUUAACAGGAGCACAUAUUGAAAAGCUUGUUCGGUUAGCUGUGAGUAACGCUCUUCGAAGAGAUGUUAUUGAACAUGGUACAUUACAUAUCGGUGAAGAUUCAGCAGAACAACUCCGAAUUCGUCAUUCAGAUUUUUCAAUUGCAUUAGAAAAGGUUCAAUCAAAGCCAUCAGACUUUUAUAAGGGUGAAACAAAUGAUAUGUAG